AAAUAUACACACUGGGCCAUAGGUGAAGUGAAGGCGUAAAUGGUCCAAAAAUUAUUAAUAUUUUCUUUCAGAUGCAUGAAGUGACAAAUAUUGAAUUGCAAAAACAUUGAAUAUUGAGCUGCAUGUAUCACUUCAUUACAUUCUUGUUUGUAAUUUUGAUACUUAAUGGCAAAAAGCUAUAGGCCUACUUAGGUUAAGUUCCAACUCUAAUUUUUGUAGAGCCCUCCAGAUAUCUUCUGCCAAAUAUUUUUGUGGUGAAUUGAUUUCAGUAACUCACAGGCAGUGCAGUAACACACCAACACAGCCUACCUGAUCAGUUCAAGAUGUACAGCAGUUCACUGGCAGACCUCACAUCCUACAAUUUUGUACAGCAGUGUUUGAAUAAUGGGAAUAAACUCCUUUCAGCUGGCCGUAUUGUAGGUGUGGAUGAUAGCCUUCCUCUUUAAGGCUAGCAGGUUUAAAUGUUACAAGAUGUAUGGAAUUCAAAGGUAGUUUCUAGCUUUAUGUAGGUCUUAAAGAUUUGCAGUUAUUUUAUAAUACAUUUAUCUAGAAACAUGGCCAAAAAGGAGAAACAUUGAAAGAAAUGAAGUUUUAUUUACUUGUGAUUCUUUAUUUCAUAUCUCACUCUCUGCUGAAUGACAAUCAUUUCUUCUAUUUUUGUGAUGUUCACAUAGCUAUAGCUUUGGCAGUGUAAGAAGUCACACUGAAUCACCAAAUCUGGGUCAUAGUGCAUUUUAAAUUAUGUGACACAUCAGUCUUUAUAGACUGUGAGAGCACAUCUGACCUAGCAGUGUUUAGAUGACUCAUGAUCAUAUAUGCUAACAAAAUGUUCGUACGACCAUUAUGAAAUCUGAAUCUGUCAAGACGUGUUUCAGCUGAACUUUGCCUUCUGCUACAGUGUAUAUCUUGUUGUUUCAUUUAGUUCUUGGUAGGAUAAACCUUCGUUCAUAUUUGUGUGCUUGCCGUAUCUUCUUCUACCUCUCCUUCUUAUCCCAAUUAUUUUUCCUUCAAUGAUAAUUUCUUUGAAGAAGACAGUUUUUCUUCAGAAUCUGUAUUACACAAUAAAUUAUGAACUCUUGAAAUGAUUGUCAGUUACUAACUUAGAAAAUUGUCAAGGAGCUUUUGUUCUGCCAUUGGCAGAUAAUAUUGUUUCAAAUUCUCCUCAUUUGUGUGCAAAUGUGCGGCUAAUCAUGAUUAAGUUGACAGUGGUUUUAUUCAAUUGUUGCCAAGUGGUAACACAACAAGAAUAAGGAUUGUUAUGCUAUGUAGUGGCUUGUCAGUAACAAAUAAGAAUUUUGCCAGAGAGAAGUGACACUGCUAAAAACUCAGAGCAAUGUGCACUGCAACAACAACCUGCAUUACAAAGAACUUCAGAUGGGAGCAGCUAAAGUUGUGGGUGGUGGGGCAAGUCAUUGCUUUCUGUACUGGCUCAAUUUAGCUCAGUUCAUCAGCCAGUAAAAAUCAGAUAUAUGUGUUUUAGUUUCAUUUGUACUUUGCGUGCUUUGCUUUUCAGUUCCAUUGUUGACAUGAUCAAACUGUGCAAGUAACAGCUGAUUCAAUGAAUGUAACCAUGUAAUCCACAUCAAUGUUAUAUGUUUGUUGGGUAGUUGUUUGUAUAUGGUGCUACUUGGGUGGCAGCCACAGUAGAAAUCUCUCUUUGACGAAAAUGUGUUAAAAGUUGAGGCAAAAACAUGGUGCGCUGUGGAAUUAUUAUUCCCAUCCUGAUCACAAAUUUAUCUUCUCCACAGUAAACUAUAUCUUUAGUAAAUAUCCAUUUCCUCAACUCUUGUAGUGUAGAUUGGGAAUCAGGUCCAUUUUUUCAACCACAAAUGAAGUGUUUGCAGAUUUCUUGGUCAACAGCCUUGCAUGAAAGACAGCAGUCACAGUGUUACAUAUUGCACAGUGAAGCUAUGUGAGAUUUGAGGAGUUGUAAAAUACCAUUAAUACUUUGUUGUUGUUGCCAACAGUUACAUGCAAACUUUCCCUAAGGCACCAGUGAAAUUUCGGUGCGAAAAAAACGGUCGCGGCGCGUUCUCCGAAUUGUCUGAGUGGCUGGCCUCCGCCGUGGCCCCACUCAUUUCUCAUCCACAGUUCUGUGAGGACCUGGAUGAUUGAUACGGUAUUCCGCUGUUUCGCGGUUGGUGGGUUCCAGCACAAGCGGUUGCUGGUCGGCCGUGUUCGGGAUGCAGAGCUCCGUGCUCUGCAGCCUCGGUGUGUACAACUAUUUGUGCACAGACGAGAUCGGAAUACGUAACGAACCGCGCGUUAUUUUGUUUACUAGCAAAUCGCUGACAGUCAUUUGAAACGCGAAGUGGUCAAUUCGACAGCAGACACCAGUAUGGAGGUUUUAGUGGUUUUCUGCCCCUCAGGAUUUCCAGAAUCUGAAACUUUGACGUUGCUGUGCACUGUAAUUCUCAGAAAUGUCGUGGGAUUCUUCGAGGCGGCGCAGGAGCCGAAGUGUACAUGGAAGCUCCUCGUCACGUCUCCGUAUGGACUCUUAUAGCUCUUCGAGUCGAAGUAAUCGUGCCAGAGCAUCAACUCCGAGAAAGAGAGAACUGGACAAAGUAAUGAAGAAAGCUCGCCGUGAUGGACCAAAUCAGAGCAGUUACUGGAAUAAGAAAUUGCUUGAAGUUGAAGAAAAGGAUCCAAACAGAUGGCGACAUAGUGGAUUCAAGGAGCUGUACGGUGGUGGAAGUUCUCCACAUGGUAGUACUAAAAGGUCUCGUUCGCGGUCUCGUACACGUUCACCACGUCGACCUCGAAGUCGGAGCAGAGACCGGCGAGCUCCCAGUGGAGGGCGAGCGAGAUCUCCUCUGCCGCCCGUGUCACGUCUCCGAUCGAGAUCGCGUUCACGUUCUCGUGACCGCUCUCGUCGUCCCCACACUCCCCCACCGUCUUCAUCACAAAGGCUGAGGAGCAGUUCUGCUCGCCGAACCUCACCUCCAAGAAGGGCACGUAGUCCAAAACCUACGUCGGUGUCGCCUAGCUCCCGAUCUGUUUCCAGCUGUUCUGAUGAAUCUUGUUCAGUAUGUUCUCCAAAGUCUCGCAAACGUCCAGCUGCACCACGAGGACCGCCAACACCCAGGUCGAGAUCACGUUCAUUUUCUGUACCACGGAAUCGACCUGCUCGAUCCCCUCCACCAAGGCGUCUCGGACGUGAAAGGUCCGGACCACCGAUGGAUCCGCGUGGACCGCCGCCCAGCCCUCCUCCUAUUGUGCGCAAAACUUUGAAGGAGAGGAAGAAAGAACGAGAGAGAGCUAAAAGUGGCAGUUCCAAGAAACGAAAGAGCAGCACAAAAGAUCGAAGUAAGCGACGUCGCUCAGGUACCAAGACUGAGGAGCGAGGGAGAAGCUUGAGCCCAUUAGGACCCAGACGCCGCCCACUACCUGGUGGUGGCGCAUCAUCACCUGCACCGUCGUGCCACUCGGAUGACAGUUCUGCUGCUUCGUCAGGCAGCUCUGGUGGUGCGGAAGCACCUCGUCUCACCCUCUCCGAACGAUUUGGCAAAAUGGCGCAAUGGUCUGUCGACCGAAGAGAUCUGGACGGUGUUCGAAAUAUGCGCAUCACUAAGGACGCCGCGGGACAAGAUCUCAAGGUGGUGAUAGAGGGUGAGAGGUACCGCACUGCCAGUGGGGCUCCCUUGAGCCCGUCAGAGGAGUACUUCAUGCCAGCACCCUCGUCACUGGCAGACCUUGCGUGGGAUGAUGUGCGAGUGCGCUACAAGUACUACAAAGAGCGCGGUUACCUGCGGGACUUGUCUCUCGAUGAUUACAUAAAGUGGGAGGAAUGGUGGUACAAGUAUCAGGAAUGGCUUGAAGCAGAACGCUAUUAUGAACAUUGGGCAGCUCUUGAAGCAUCUCGUAGCCGCAAAGGGUGGGGUGGUGGCAGCAGCAGUUCUAGGAAACGCCGUCGCUUGUAAUUACGUGUUUUACAUGGCACAGGGUGUUCUUUGCCAAGUGAGGAGAGUGCCAGUCUUUUGGAGGUUUCUGACAGUUUUGCGCUGCUUUGGAUGGGAUACUGCCCUUCUGUACAGCACUCGCUGGUAGAAAAUAGUUUUAGGAUUCCUGGAAUUGUGUAAGGGUUGUGUGCACUGUACAGUAUUGAAAGCGAAAGCUGAAGUGUGUAAUGAAUACUAAAUCGUAGAUUUUUAUUUAUAUAUUGGUGUCUGACUAAUCAUGGAAAGAAUUUUUUAGUAGAGUCAUUCCUGCAAAUAUUGCUGAGCUCUUGUCUAUUUGCUUGCUCUAAAUUAUGUAUCAGUAUUUACAUAGAAGAAAAUGUUAAAAUCCAGUAUGCUGUCCACUAUGGACAUUUUUAAUAUUGUCUUUGGCUGGAGAUUCUUUGCAUCUGUAAUAUUUCUCUUGUCUGUCAGUCUUAAUUUGUGUGUACUUAAGAUAAAAUCAGUGUCAUUCUAUGAUCUCUUUAACUGAACAAUAUGGGAAACAAAAACCUAUCAAACAGCAAUUGCUAAAGAUGAGGGACUAUGUAAAAAUGAUCACUCCCUAUUCCCAACCUUGCCAGUUCCAUCACAUGCCAACAUAUGUAUAUUAAUAUUUUGUGUUUGUAGUACUCCAGGUAACUAUAUAUAUAUAUAUAUAUAGUUAAUGUUUAUCUUGUCUUAUUCUGUGAAAAUGUCUCCUGUAAUUGAUGUUCCUCACAAAAGGAUAACUAGUCAGCUUAUAGCCCACCCCGUCAUCUAGAAAGUGAUAGAUUCACUUUGAUACAUAAGAGGGACAAUUGAUCAUUGAUGAAUAUACGUAUGUAUGUAUGUAUGUAAAUGACUACAACCAUCUUCAAGCAUUGUUUUUUUCACCACAUCUGUGUCCCAGUUACAAGAUACAGAGCUUAAUAAAUUGAGGCUAGAGGGUUCAUUCUGAUUUCUAAUGUAAUUUUGUUCCACACAGAAAAUAUCAGAAACUUUUGUAAAAUUUCAAGUCCACACAUGAGAACCUUCCAGUACUAGGAUGUGAUGCAGCAGAAUAUUUGAUCUGUGAAAGGCAAUGAGGAAACUGAGUGUACUACUGACACUAAAGGUUUUGGAAUGGUAAUGUCUUCAGGGUUGGGAAUGCAACAGUGGCAAUAAAAAUUUUUGGGAAGCGAAUUGGAAAUUGGGAAAUAUAAUGUAACACACUACAAAGAAAAAUGGAUAUGAGUGGUGGAGAAGGCAAGUAAAAAAGUUAGAAAUCAAGGUGAAAGGUAAGAAAAAAAAAUCAUCUACUAUUCUAUUUUUACAUAGAAUUUGAAAACAUAGAGAAUAAAAUGCUGAACAGGGAAAGACAAAUAAAAACCCCUGAAGUCUCAAGUGUAUUUAAACUUUUCCGUUUAAAGAAAGAUUGGAGGGAAGUAGGGGAAAUGCUAUAGUUGUAAGCCAAGUGAAUAAAAAGGUUCAUGACUGCACUAGUUGUGGCUUGAAGGAGGUUUUUGUUGGUGACAAUUCAGGUUGUGAAAAGAAAGUUACGCAUUGAAUGGUGGUCCUCAGGUAUCUGACUUAUUCUGCAUCAAAACUAUUUCAUUUUACAAGUUACCGUACAAGGUCGAUGUAAUCACUCCAUCGCACAACUAGAAAGGGUAGUUGAAGAUAAUUUUCACUCUCAACAAUUUUAAUAUCCAAGCAUAUGUUCUCAGCCAAGAUUUCAAACAACAAUCAUAAAAUGGCUUGUUGUAAUACUAAAUGUUAAAGUAGUUGUCUGCAAUAACAUUUUUAUGCCCAACAAAAUUGUACAUUCAAACACCAACUGUCUGAAGUUUUUGAAUUAUUCUUCAUUUGCUUUAUAAGUUUGUUCUGUGCUCUAUUCUUCAUGUUCUCACUAAUUAGUUAUUGUGCAGAAGUUAUUCUACUAAGGAAUUUGAACAUGUUCUCUCUUGCUUUUCCAGUGAUUCUACAAGGCAACUCAAUUAACCUUUUGCUUGUAAUUCCACUGAAACCAGAUUGUUUCACUUGUGGUUCAUCAGUAAUGUUUAGCAUAUUUCUGUGUACUCCCCCCCCCCUCGCCCCCCCCCCCCCCCCCCCUCUCUCUCUGUCUGUCUCUCGUACCUUAUACAAUCUUCGUCCGAGGCAUUUUUGAAUGAUUUAUAAACAGAAUGUCUCACAGAUAAGGACUAUACAAUAUAAUGCUGUAAUAUGUGACACUAAAAAUGAAAGAAAUAUGUGCAGAAACAGUGGCUUGUGGGGACACUCUUCAGGUAGCCUGCAAGUUCACCAUAUUGGUUACACUUCAUAUAUAUAUAUAUUUAUGGACCAGAAAAACACAAUACUCAUUGUAGAGGUAGUGUGUGUUAAGAAAACCAUUAUUGCAUUAUUAUUCAUAAAAUAAUUGAUUACUGUACCACUUGUCAGAGCACAAGUAAUUCAUGGUAGUAAUGGCACCAAUGACAAAAUAUAAAGGUAUACGCAGUAUUGUACAUAAUUCAGUUUACUUUUUGUGUCCUGUAUGAUGUCAUUGUUGUUAGAUGUUUUUCAUGUCUUUUGCACAAAAUUUACAUUUUGUAGUUUGGCACAUAAAUUAUAACUGUUCCAAAUAUCGUGCUAGUCCCUUCUAGGUCUUCUUUUGUACUGCUGUGCAAAAGAGACACACUUUGCACAGUAUACUAACGAAUUAUGUAUAUUCACAAAUGACACACUGUUAACUUUUUAGUUAUCUUAAGUGUCGCAAAUUUGCUCCAAUAUGGGUUUCUUAUCUCAUUCUAUCCCUAAAAUGUGAGUUGCACGACCCAAUGUGCUCUUCGACUUCAGUGAAUUACUUUAUAGUGGAGACAAACACAUAGAAUUAUGCCAAGCUGCUGCUUUUCCUCAACCCCCUUUUGUAUGUUUGUAUUCCUCUUGGUAAUACCAUUAUUGUCACUGAGCAGUCCUCAGUUGUGAAACAUUAACUAUAGUUGCAGUCCUUUUAUUUAUCUUCUUUUGAACAGUUGUACAAUGAUCCCAUUUGGCAUUUCAUUUAUCUUUUCUAACUGUCUAGAGUGUGUCAUGCACUCUAAAGGACUUCACUCUUUCUGACACACUGUGUAUUUUUAUAUGCCCAGAAGGCUCACUUCAGCAAGAAGAUGGAGAUAAAAAUAUUCUUUUCGCCUUUUUUAAUGUAUCAGGUGCAUUAUAUUACUUUUUUUUGCAUAUGUUCUCAUUCUUUCCCAAUAUUUUAGUUUAUGUCUUUGUGGCAAUGUGCAAAUUACUUGCAUUCAUGAGAUAAUGCUUUGGCCAGCAAUAGCUCACAAAAUAUACAGCAGAUAUUAGUAUUUCAGAGAUAGAAAUGCUUAGCUAAAGGAACAAAUAAGGAAAUGUGACGUAGGCACAAAAGAACAGUGGUGUAACUAAAUUUACUCUGUUUUUAAAGAUCUUAUCUUUUUAUCUGUCAACUCAGCCUUAUAAAUGUGCUCAUUCUGUUAAUUUUCCCUUUACACUCUGCUGGACGAUAGUAUUAAAGUGAAUUAGGUUCCAGUAAUUUUACAUUUGUUAGAAUCAACUAAAAUGCAUUAUUUCAAACUUGUAGCGAGCAAAGGCAUGGCAUGUGUAGUAAGGUUAUUUAUGGUUAUUUUACAUUCCAGUUAUGUUUUUCACAGUGUCAGUUAUCUUUUGCGUCAUUACUUAAAUAACCACCACUUUUCUUUGUGUACUUUGUAAAAGUUAGAUCUGUAUAUGCAUCUACAUUUCCUUACUCAUUGUGUCACUUUUCUUUGCCAAGUGUUAAUUUUGUUUAACAUGUUUUUCUGGUUGUUUUAUGUUCAUUUUUCUGCAUAUUUUAUAUUAAAUAUAUGCCCCUUUCUUUUUUCUCAUCCCUACGUUCCUCCUCAUACAUUGAUUUACUAAAGUUACAUGUAUCAUUUUCAGUAUUUGCUUCAUUUACGCAUGCAAGGAUUUUUUGUGAGAAUUUUCCUAGAUUAUUAUAUUUGGAAUAAUACAUAUUGCAUAAUAGUGCAACUGUUUUAUCUCAGGCUGAAUUUCUCUUUUAUUAUGUUGCAGUUGUUGUAAAUGUUUGUUUUGUAUUUAUGUAUACAUGAAUUGCCUGUGAAGCCUGUUUUAGCAAUUUAUUAAUGUAUACUUUCAUAUAAUUCUUGAUAGUAACAAAAUUUUUGUAUUUGAGGUUUGUUUAAAUGUUUUAUUGGAAGAUGAAGAUAUCACUUCUCAAGAUUUUUCUUGGACAUGUAUUUUCAAACUAACAAUAUAGACAGAACUGUACCAGAAAAUUAAAUAGGAAAAUAUUCAUACAGUUCCAAGCGAAAUGUGGAACCGAUAAUUACUGUCAGUCACGUUGUAAGAAAUCAGAUGUUCUUUUCAUGAGCAAGUUGACGUCAUAAUCAUAUCCAAUAAUGCAUUUCAUUUGCAUGUAAUUGUUGUGGCCCUAUUGUGUACAGAGAUUUACAUUUUUACCUUGAAACGUUUUCUUGCCUAUACAUUUGAUCAGUAUUGCACAUUUGUCUUGUUAAGGUUUUGAGAACAUAGUCUUAUAACUAAAGUUUAAAAUUAAUGCCUUUAUUUGGUUACAUGGGAAACUAUUUUCUGAUAAAUUAUAUACAGUUUUUAACACUGGGUACAAAAUUAGUGCAUAUUCAGUGAAGAUGGGAAUGUAAUUGGAAGUCUCUUUCAAGCAGCACUGAAAUUUAUUGAACAAUCAAGGAUUAUCAUGUUUUUUUUCUUAUUAGACUAAUUUUCAGAAUUAAUUUUUGGGUUGAUUACAACUUCGUUCUGUAACUACCGAUUUUAGUUAUAGUAGCAGUGGUUGUUACAUGUCAUGUUCAUGAAAAAAUUGUGCCAACAACUUCCUUUUCCUUGUGUAUAGACACUGUGUUUAGUUAUGUGCACAAAUAUUUCAGUUUGUGCAUUUGCGGAAAUGAAUCUCUUUACAAAAAAAAAAAAAAAAAAGAAAAGAAAAGAAAAGACAGGUGGCAGCAAUAGAUGUUGGCUGUCUGAUUUUAUUAAAUUGCUUGAUAGUUUUAAUGUGUCAGAAUGUUUACUGAAUGUCUUUAGAUUUAUGUACUUUGUUUAGUGUUUUAAUGACACAUUUGAGAUUUUUAAUGAUUUAUGAAUAAUAUAAUGUUGUGUUUAAGAUGCUGAAGAGCAGCUAUUUCCUGUAUUUGAUCACAUGCAAAUGUAUAUAAAUUAUUAUAAACUAAAAAAAUAAAAAUAUCUCAUAUUCUAGACUCAAUUGUAGAUACAAUUCAAUUAAAUAAAUAUAGAAAACUUGCUGUUUAACACA